AUGCCCGUCGUGGAGAGCGCGUCGCGGCUGCUGGUCGGCCCAGCACGGUCGCUGUGCGGCGCCGCUGCGCUGGCGGCGCCACCGAUCUUCAGCAGGCUACUGCACACGUCCGUCUACAGCGGCCGCCAGGAGGGCGACGAGGCCGGUUCUGACCAGCAGCACGUCGAUGAGAUGCUCGGGACCAGCCCGCGCCAGAAGCAGGAGGGCGGCCGCGUCAUGUCCCUGCGCGGCGACGGGCCCGAGGGUGACAACUACACAGCCACGCCAGCCUACCCGCCACACUCGGGCGGCGGCGGCGCCCCAGAUGCUGCCGCUGAGCGCGCCAGCGGCGAAAGCGACAGCGGCGGCGGCGGCGGCGGCGGCCCCCCGCGUGCCAGCGGCCGCGGUGGCGUCGACGGGCCCCCGCCUUCAGCCCGCCGGGACCGAAUCUCAGACUCGGCAGAUGGGACAAUAGGCGGUGGCCCCCGCGACCCGUGGGCCGGCCACGGCGCGCGGGCCGCCCCCGGCACGCCAGCUGCAGACUUUUCCGAGGCCACGCGCUACUCGGACGCACGAGCGCACGCCUCCCCCGGCCGCCGCGCUGACGACUCCAUGUCUGCGUCCGCCGGCGGCGGGGCGGGCGCUGAUGAGGCGCCGCAGCGCCCUGCCAGCUUCCCGGGCGCGGCCGGGCCCAUCCCUGUGUUCCCCGAAAUGAACAUGGACGCCCCGCGCGCCCCGGAGGAGACCACCAACGGGCGGCGCCUGGUGUCGCCGUCGGACGUUGAGGGGUCCGAGGGCAGCGGAGGGGCGGAGAGGGGGUCGGCUAAGGAGGUGCGCGAUGACCCCGGCGCGCAGGGCGGGGGUUGA